AUGCAAGAAGAAGCUGAAAAGUUUGCUGAAGAAGAUGCCAAGAGAAAGAGUUUGAUUGAUGCCAAGAAUGAAGCUGAUACUACGGUUCAUUUGUGUGAACAACAUUUGAGAGAUUUGGGUACUAAGGUUGCUGCUGAUUUGAAGACUAGAGCUGAUAAUGAAAUUAGAGCAGUUCGUGAAGCCAUGCAAGCUGAUAAUGUCGAUCAAUUGAAGUCUUCUUUGGAACAAUUGAAACAAACUCAAAUGAAGUUGGCUGAACAACACUAUAAGGAACAAGCUAGUGCUAGACAAUCUCAAGGAACUCCAAACCCAUCUGGUAGCACUAAUCCAAAUGAUGCUGAAUUCAAGGAAAAGUAA